AUGGCAGUCGUAGAUGGAGCCACUGGUUGGACCCUUUUCGCCGAACUAGUGGCUGCCGUCCCCCAGCCCAUUCCAGAGAUGAUGUUGCUGCCCCGCCUUCCGAAAUUCCUUGAUGGGGACAUUUACUUCCAGUUCUCGCGUGAAGAGAUUAUCAAGUCUACCGAGCCCUUCCGCUUCUCGGUGGUCCUCAAGUUCCUGAAGCAACGGCCCUCGUUGGAUGCUGUCCGCUGUUUCAUACACAAUCGCUGGGGUCUCUCAACCACCCCGAUUGUCUUUUCCAUGCGCAGGCCGCGUAACGUAUUUGUACGCAUGGCUAAUGAAGUUGACUUCACGAAAGCACUGUCAAGGGACGUUUGCGAGAUCAACGGAAGCUUUUAUCGCGUGUUUCAUUGGACACCAGAAUUCACAGAGGAUGAUGAGCCCUCUCGUGUUCCGGUAUGGCUUUCCCUCCCGGGCCUUCCCCCAAACUUUUAUAGUGAAGCGUUUCUGACCAUUCUCAUGGCCUCUAUUGGGACCUUUAUUCGGGGGGAUAAUCCAACUCGGUGUGCCACGAGAACGGAUGGUGCAAGACUGUGUGUGGAGGUUGACGCGGCUAAAGAGCCUUUAUCGCACUUCUGGAUUGGUGCUCCAGGUCUGCCUUCGAGUAGGAAACAGCAAGUGGUCUAUGAGACACUCCCUGCCUACUGCUGUAAGUGCCGGAUGCAAGGACACAAUAAAUCCACAUGCCGUGCUGAGAAGGGUGGAAAGCUGGGCAAGGUUCGUAUCGACAGGAAAGAAGGGUCUGAUAUGGAUGCGUCUAGGGCAUCGACUGAAGGGCAGGUCACAGUUUUGUUGGUAGAGAAUGAUCCGAUAUUUGACUUUGGGGACUAG